AUGCGAGAUCGAUUACCUGGUGUCCUGGUGCAAACAGAGCAACCUGGAGCUGCAAUGCCCUCAAGACAGUGGAGAUGGUUGCUGACUUCAGGAAGACCCACUCCCGAUCAACCCCAUUGCCUCCACUACCUGGAAAUCACCAUCACCCAGGAGCUCAAGCGGGAGCUGAAUGUCAGCUCUCUGAAUCUUAUCUUUAUCCAGGCAUGGAGGCGGCGCUGGUUUGUGCUACGUAGUGGCAGGCUAAGUGGAGAACCAGAUAUCCUGGCGUACUACAAGAACCAACAAUCACGCAGGCCAAUCCGGACCAUUAACCUCAACCUGUGUGAACAGGUGGAUGCAGGUCUAUCGUUCACCAAGAAGGAGCUGGAGAGCAGCUUUGUGUUUGCCCUGCAGACAAAGACAAGAACUUGGUACCUGGUAUCGGAGUCGGAGGAUGACAUGAACCAUUGGGUGUCGUCCAUCUGUUUGCUCUGUGGCUUCAGCCCGACUGAUGAUGGCACAGAGGGACGAGUGCCCAUCACCUCUUCCCAUCUCACAGUGACCUCAACCAGUGCUACUGUCACCACAGAAACAGGCUCAGUUCUACCGCCUUAUGAACCGGUGAAUGUGCAACACCUGGAGUUUGAUGGCAGCAGUGAAGAAGACUACCUGUGGUUGUCACACUGUCAGAGCCGCAUCAGAUCUCCACCAGGUUCUUCUACGUCCUUGGAAAUCGACAGUGACGUUUGCCCUACUCUCUCUACCACGUCCUCCUUGUCUUCUGCUUCUUCAUCUCCUUCCCUCAUUCCCAACGGUGUACCGCCUCCAUCCACCUCGUCUUGCUUUAGGAACGCCCCUUGGACAGUUGCCACAACAACAAGCCCUCUCAGCCGCUCACUGGACACCACUACCUGGGACAUCCAAAAACAUUCCAGCAGACCGCGCUGUUACCCCUCCCCACAUCCCAAGAAGCACACACUAUCAGACCUGCACCCUGUGGCAAUACCUCUAACUAAUGACCCACAGUCCAGCACCUACCAGAUCCCCCGUGCAGCAUUCACCCGGCUGCCAGGCCCUUCACAUCUGCCAUCUUCUACUCCAAGUGUGGACUCCUUGACACAUGCGGAGCUUCAUGCUUCCACACCAGCUCCACCUCUGCGGCCACCAAAGCCCCAGGUGAUUGUCGGACAGGGACAGAGUUCUGAAUCAGAACCUAGAACACAUUCCCAAUCCACUUCAGAGUCAGAGAGGCUGGAGGGAUGGAUGGAAGGAGGAGAUUGUGGUCCAUCCAGGAUGAACGCUGUUGAUGCACCUGGAUAUAUGCACACAAGUUGCGAUUCUCUUCACGUCCCUCAGUCUCUGUCUGACAGAGUGAGCAUGUUCGAGUUCAGUGCGAGCUUCAGCAGCUACUUUUUUAAUAAGGGGAUGGUACCUCUGGGUAGUGUUUGUUGUCAAGAUGAAGACCUGGACAAAAACUACGUUCCCAUGAGCGCUGCCACCACUGAGCCUCCUGUAGCACCAAGGGUAGGUCCACCUCCUCCGGCUGUGGCCUCUGAUGCUUCUGUCCAGAUGCAAGAUGCUUACGUCCCCAUGACCCCACUUACCGUGAGCAAAGCUCACCCAACCUCUACCACUGGGGAGCUUUUGUCCUUGGGGAGGCAGGUGCCUCCACCGGCCCACAUGGGGUUCCGUAACUCUCCUCUGACAGCCGUAGCUCCUGUAACAGCGCCAGUCCAACGGAACCACACGAACACCUCCACUGGCAUGGGUGUGGAAGCCACACCGCCUCCAGUCCACCGCAACCUCAAACCACAGCGACAAGGAGCUUGUGUUGGUCAGAAUGUGGAGAAAAGCAACUUUCACACUUCAGGAGAGUCGACACACAAACCCAAAGUGAGACCAGGUCCUCUGAACAUCACACCAGUGCAAGAGGACUGGAAUGAAGUCCCGCCUCCUGUCCGCUCACCUGUCACUCGAACCUUCACAAGACAUCCCUCCAGUCGUCAAUCAGUCAAAGCUGGCUCCUCCCACAGUUCAUCCCCCUCUUCUGAUUCUGAUGAUCCUGAUGACAACUAUGUUGCCAUGACGACUUCCAAUCUCAGCUUCAGUGCCGGCGAGUCGCCGUUGAGGAUCUUGUUGCAUCGAGCGUCAGAGGGAGGAGUCAGCAGCCCGUUGCCACGGCGACCCAAAAGUGAGAAACAGGUGGAGUACCUUGACCUCGACCUUCACACCAAGCGAUCAACACCGCCGAGACAGAAAUGCUGCACGACAGAGGGCGGAGUCAACAGCAACAAGCAGCUCGGAGCAAACGAGGAGCACACGCAUGCACGUGUGGACUAUGUGGUGGUGGAUCCCAAAAAGACCAAGGCCCUGAGGAACACCAGAGAAGCAUGGCAUGAUGGGAGGAUGUCCACGGAGAAGGGGAAAUGUUAAAGAUCACGUACACACUCACUGAAGUCACGAGAGGUCAAAAAAAAUUGUUAUAUUUUGGUAACGUGACACGAUGCCAAAAUCAUAUUUUAAAAAAAGUCUCCUAACUCUGCCCAUUUAUACAAAUCUACUGAAAAAUGUAAAAAUGUGAUCGUUUGAGGGAAACCAUGCAUUUCAAAAUAUUCAAAAUGCAUUUUUAGCCUCUGUCUUUCUGUCUUUGGUGUCUUUGGUGUGGCGUUCUGUAAUCAUUCACAUUAUCACACAUCUGUUCCGUCGACUUUUUACGCUCUGCAUGUCCACAUUGACGUUCACGUACUUCACACCUUCAGAGACGACAUGACAGUGAUCACUGCUACCAGCCUGACCACCUCCUCUAUGGAGCACCAUCUGUGUCCUGUCCCUCUCUUUAACAUGUCAGCAUCUUUGACCUUCAGGGCCACCGUACCACUGACACUAACAUCACUUAGGGCCACUUCACACACUGUAAGAAUAAGUACAAAUCAGGGCGAAUCACGGUGGAACAGCUCGUAUGAGCAAACCACGAAAACAUCGACCUGACGGGCAGGCAUGAAUGAUCCCACUGCAACGGUUUUGUGCACGCGACAGUGUUGUGCAUGAGCGUGCACAAAUCCAUCGCAGCAGGAACACAGUGCAAGCAGCUGGGACAUGUUGCACCCUAUUGGGCCGCUGAUGUGAAGAAAAAUAAAAUAAAAACCAGCUGUAUAGUUAAUGAAUAUCACUGGGUUGAUAUAAAUAAUAAAAGUGGAUGCAAUACAGAACCCCACAGUUAAAUAAUAAAUAAAUGCUGCUCACGGGAUUCGAACCUGCAAUUUACAAAAGCUCUGAUUACCAGGCAGAAAACUUUACCACUGCACUAUAAUUACUGUCUGACAACAGCAGCAUGGAAUGGCUGAGAUCAAGAAGGAGAUAAACGUAUUUUUUUAAAAAAGAGAAAAAAGUGCUGUGAUAUCUGACCAAACAGCAUUUGUUAUGGUGUAUUUCUGCUGAUACGUGACUGAAAAAAUAGUAUUUGUCACAAUGUCUGACUUGUCACAUAGUCCUGCGGCACACCGCUCACAGGACACACAUGUUGGGCCGGGCCCACGCGUGUGUCUGACAUGACACACACGUCCUGUCAGACAGACAUGACAUUCAGGUCCCCUGCUAUGUGUCCACAUGAACUGAUGGUCCAAUUCAGCUGGGACAGCCUGUCAGUGUGCA